UACCUUCCUGAUAUAUACCUUAUUUCCUUAAUCUUUGUCCUUCUACCGUUCCCAAUAAAAUACAGCACAGCAGCAUGUUUUAACGGCUAUGUGCUGGCCACUACGUAAACCAUUGAUCAUUUGUGGAGGUGAGAUGAUUUGGCUGCUUGGCAACAGAGCAAAUGAAGCGAAGAGGAGGAGGACGGCAUCUGUGUUGAUCCCGACAACCUCUUUCUCAACCCAGAUUGCAUGUGUACGUCAACGAUGGGUUCUGCUCCGAAAAUGACACACACGGUUCUUCUGAGUGUCAUCAUAAGCUCGAUGGCCGUCGUUUCUGGCCGCAGUCCACGCACGGUGGAUCAGGUGUCGGAGGCGGAUAUCCAGCGCCUGCUGCACGGUGUGAUGGAGCAGCUGGGAAUCGCGCGACCCAGGGUCGAGUAUCCCGCGCAUCAGGCCACCAACAUAGUCGGUCCACUCAGCAUCCAAGGUGGUGCCCAUGAGGGACUUCAACAUCUCGGGCCAUAUGGGAACAUCCCUAACAUUGUCGCAGAGUUAACUGGAGACAGUGUUCCCAAAGACUUCAGCGAGGACCAUGGCUACCCUGACCCUCCCAAUCCUUGCCCCCUUGGAAAGACUGCUGCUGAUGGAUGUUUAGAGAACUCUCCAGACACUGCGGAGUUCAGUCGAGAAUUCCAGAAACAUCAGCACCUCUUUGACCCUGAGCAUGACUACCCUGCACUGGCGAAGUGGAAUAAAGGACUGUUGUAUGAAAAACUGAAGGGUGGACCAAAAAGAACAAAAAGGAGUACAAAUCCAUAUCUGAUGGGACAGAGGCUGGAUAACGUGGUAGCCAAGAAAUCAGUGCCACAUUUCCCAGAGGAAGAUGAGGUUGAAACUGCUACAAGCAAUAUCAAGACCUAAACAUCGUAUUAUUUAUAAAAUCUGUACAAUGAAAAUCUUAACAGUUUUACAGUAAAGUCAGCAUUAAAUUAUGUGUGAUAUUAAAAUCAAUCAUAUUAUUAAUAGAGCAGCAAAAAGUGACUGUAAAAUGAAUGAUUAUUCUCUUGGCACAACUUUUGUUGUAAUAACAUUUAUUCAAAUAAAAAUAGUGUAUAUGUUCA